CCGGGAGGACGAAAACGUCACACCCGGAAGUGUCUUAGGCGGGGGUAAGGCGCGCUGCCGGUGGCCUCACCGCCAUGGGUCGCAACAAGAAGAAGAGAGCUGGUGACGACCGGCGGCCCCGGCUCGUUCUCAGCUUCGACGAAGAGAAGCGGAGGGAGUACCUGACAGGCUUCCACAAGCGGAAGGUGGAGCGGAGGAAGGCAGCCAUUGAAGAGAUUAAGCAUCGGCUGAAAGAGGAGCAGAAGAAGCUCCGGGAGGAGCGCCACCAGGAAUACUUGAAGAUGCUGGCAGAGAGAGAAGAGGCACUGGAGGAAGCAGAUGAGCUGGACCGGCUGGUGACGGCAAAGACGGAGUCAGUGCAGUACGACCACCCCAACCACACAGUCACCGUGACCACCAUCAGUGACCUGGACCUCUCAGGUGCCCGGCUGCUGGGGCUGCCCCUGCCUGAGCAAAGGGACGGGUCCGAGGAGGAGGCGUCAUCCAUGGAGAAGCCAACCAAAGCCUUACCCAGGAAGUCCAGAGAUCCCCUGCUUUCUCAGCGAAUCUCCUCCCUCACGGCGUCGCUGCACGCGCACAGCCGCAAGAAGCUCAAGAGGAAGCGACCCCAACGGGCCCGGGACUCCACCAAGAAGCCUCCGAGCGCCACUCGGACAAGCAAGACCCAGCGCCGCCGACUAACAGGCAAAGCCCGGCACAGCGGGGAGUGAGACGGAGAGCCAAGGGGUGCCCCAGUCUUGGCUGCGGGGCUGUGUCCUGUCUCAGCUUGGCUGUCCCUGUAACUGGCCUGCAC